GCUAGAUGCGGGAGCUGUCUCCUCUAGGUCGUUUGCCCUUAACACGACGGUUGGGUUACUAGUUUAUGCGUUUGUCUGUCUGUAACAAACAGCAUGUGUAUUAAAUACAAUGGGUAAAAAAACUAAUAAGCAGAAACUCAGUUUUCCCGAAGUUCAGGGAUGGGUACCGUAUAAAGCUUUUUCAGCAAAAAAAAAAAAUGAUGAAAUCACAGAGUCACAGUAUGUAGAAGUUCCAAAAGAUUGGAAGGAGCCAAAGUUCAAUCCUGAGGAUAAUCCACACGGGAGAUUGUUCGCUUCUUCAUCAUACACAACUCUCUUUCCAAAAUAUCGUGAAAAGUACUUGAGUGAGAUUUGGCCAGCCUUAAAAAGAAUAAUGAUGGAACAUCAUAUUCGAGUAGAAAUAGAUUUAGCUGAAAGUACUAUGGAAGUUCGAACAACUCCAAAAACUUUUGAUCCUUUUAUCAUUCUGAAAGCUAGAGAUGUUAUACGCCUGUUAGCUCGUUCUGUUCCUAUGGAACAAGCUAUUCGUGUUCUGGAUGAUGAAACAUUUGCAGAUACUAUUGAAAUUAAUUUGACUAAUCGUGAGCGUUUUGUUAAACGACGUAAUCGGCUUAUUGGUCAUGAUGGUGAAACAUUGAAAGCUUUAGAAUUGUCUACUAAUUGUUAUAUUGUUGUUCAAGGAAAAACUGUUUCUGUGGUUGGUCGAUAUAAUGAUUUAAAGGAGGUACGUAAAAUUGUUCAAGGUUGUAUCUAUGACAAUAUACAUCCAGCUUAUUCUAUAAAACGAUUACUUAUUAUAAAAAAACUUUCAAUGGAUCCUACAAAACAAAAUAUUUCAUGGGAUCGAUUUUUGCCUAAAAUGAAAAAGAAAGUACUUAGUCGACGUAGAAAACCGCAUAAACUACGUAAGAAAAAAGAGUACAAUCCAUUCCCACCACCACCUGUUCAAUCGAAAAUUGACAUUGAGCUAGAAAAAGGUACAUACUUUUUAGCUGAAGCUGAACGUAAACGAUUAAAAGUUGAGUCAACCAUCGCUAAAUCAAAUAAAAUAUCAAAAGAACGACAAAAAGCUAAACGUACUGCUGCACUUAUUCCACCCAGUGAUGAAUGUAACACUAAUGAUAAUCAACAUCAGAAAGCGAAAAAAAUCAAAUUUAAUGAUGAGUAAAAACUAUGGAUUUCUUGUAUAUUUCUUGAAUUUGUAAAUACUAUCAAUAUACAUAUAUAUUCAGCAAGAUAAUGA